AUGUUAAAAAGACUACCAAAUCAUACUAAUUACCAAAAGAUACUUGAUUGUUUCACUGUUGCCGAUGCUAUUAAGAACACGGCUAUAGAAGCCAAGAAAACUUUAAAUGCUCAACCCAAAGUUAGUGUAAUCUUACCGACAAAUUCUGCAGGGAAAGCGAGAAUAGAUAGUGCUAAUUACGUAGCUAAAAAGCGUAAAAUUUUUGAACAACUUAAUAUUCCUAUGCAAUUAAUUAAAAUUUCACCACAAUAUAAUGAAACACAAAUUAAAGAGCUCAUUAAAGAAUUAGGUAAUGAUCAUAACAAUACUGGUAUAAUUUUACAAUUACCAUUUCCACUUGGUUUCUCAGUAAAUCAAAAUAAUCUUUUAAAUACAAUUCCUACUCAUAAAGACAUUGAUGGGUUAACUACGGGUUCAAUGGGUAAUUUAUUUGAUUUGGAAAAAGGCCUAAAACCUGCUACACCACUUGGUAUUUGUAGUAUUUUCGACUAUUAUAACAUUUCAACAGAGGGUAAGCAUAUUGUAAUUAUGGGUAAAGGUCAGCUUGUAGGACGACCACUUGCUUGUAUGUUAAUGAAUCAUCCCGCUUCAUGUUCCGAUGAUUUCGUUAAACCUGGUGCUAUUGUAAUUGAUGCAGGUAUUAAUAGAAUACCAUCAAACUUUAUUAAUGGAAAUUCAAAAAUUGUAGGUGAUGUAGAUCAUUCAACAUAUGAAAUAUGUAAACAUUAUACUCCAGUGCCAUCAGGAGUUGGUUUGCUUACAGUUUCUUCAUUGGCUUUUAAUGCUGUUAAUGCAAGCAUUUUACAAAGUGGAUUACCACCUUUGAAUCUAUCUCAGAUAAUAAGACAAAAAUAUUCUAAUGAAAAGGUUGAAAAAAUUAGUAUAGCUAGUAGUAAAAAAUAUUCUGAUAAAGCAAUUGAAAAAAGUAAGAAAAAAUUAAACUUUUUAUUGCUUUCUUCUGCUUAUAAUGAUGAUGCAAUGCGUUCUGCUUUUGCGCAGCACAAACCUGAUUUAAUUAUUUGUCCAACGCUUAUGAAAGCCAUACCUGAGGAUAUCUAUACUAAAGUAAAGUGUCUUAUGGUUCAUCCUGGAAUUAAGGGUGAUAGAGGUCCUUCUUCAUUAGAUUGGGCUAUUAUUAAUAAAAAAGAUGAGGCUGAUAAGGAAAUGGACGCAGGACCCAUUUGGGCAAGUGAAAAUUUUUUCGUUCCAAAAAUUAUUACUAAAACUCAUUUGUAUAAUUCCCAUGUUAUUAAUACUGCAGCGAGGCUGGUACUUGAAUGCAUUAAAAAGUUUCAGUUGAAUGAUUUUAAACCUGAGUUAUUAAAUUAUUCUAAUGCUUCAGUGAAAGGUAAACUUCAUGAAACUAUUAGACAAUCACAUUCUCUUAGACAAAUAAAUUGGGAAAUGGAUACUACAGAAUUUAUUUUAAGAAAAAUACGUGCAGCUGAUAGUCAGCCUGGAGUUAAAGCUGAGAUUGAUCUUAAUGGUCAAAAAAUUACAAGAUUCUUGUAUGAUUGUCAUAAUGAAAAAACAAAGAUUUGA